GUAAUUUGUUGUGGUGACGAUGCACAACCUUCACCAUUCUUCAGAGAAAUGCUACAUAAUUGGUUAAAAGAGCAUACUGAUUAUUAUGAAGAAGUUUUAACUGAUUAUCAUGCAAAAUGUCCUAAGUUAUAUGAACUUAAAAAAGCUAUAUGUCGAAAAAAUAAUCGAAUACAAUCAAAAUUAUUUUGA